CUUCUGUCAACGAAGUAUAUUUUGCUGAACUAAAUUUAAUAUAUAAGGAUGUUAAGAGUGAUAACGCUAGCAAUUUUUGUGCUAGCUGCAGAAGGAGGUAAUGUGAAAGAAACGCGAUGUAUCAAAGAGGUGAUAGGAAAAAGGUUAGCUCACCAAACCGAUUGUUCUAAAUUUGUGCAAUGUGUUAAUACAUCAUUCGGACGACUUCAGAAUUGUCCUAGUGGAUUAGCAUUUAAUGCUCAAGAUGAAGUAUGUGACUAUCCUUCUCGCGCUGGUUGCUCGAAAGAAAGGUCUUCCUUUUUAAAAACCACUUGCGAAUGUGACUGCAGUGUGUGUUGUCCAGAAUGUAAUUCAGAUAUCACUCCAACAGCUCCUACUGUAAGUCCAACUUCAACGCCACCACCCAGUCCGAAACCAACAUCAAGUCCAACACCACUGUUGCCAUCAUCAUCUUCAUCUACUUUUACGUCAACGCCUUGCAAUACUCCAAUCCAAUCAUCCUCGCAAACUCGUUCAAAUCAAAUUACUCCGGAACCAACGUCAAAUCCAAACCCGUCACCGACUUCUACUCAAACGCUAACAACAACAUCAACAACUUGCGAUACAUCAAAUCCAACUCAAUCAUCAUCGCAAACUCCAUCGACUCCGGAACCAACGUCAAAUCCUAAUUCAUCACCGACCCCUACUCAAACGAUAACACCAACACCAAUAGCUUGCGAUACAACAACUCCAACUCAAUCACCACCGCAAACUCCAUCGACUCUGGAACCAACAUCAAAUCCAAACCCAUCACCAACGCCAAUAGCUUGCGAUACAUCAAGUCCAACUCAAUCACCAUCGCAAACUCCAUCGACUCCGGAACCAACGUCUAAUCCAAACCCAUCACCGACCCCUGCUCAAACGAUAACACCAACACCAAUAGCUGGCGAUACAACAACUCCAACUCAAUCAUCAUCGCAAGCUCCAUCGACUCUGGAACCAACGCCAAAUCCAAACCCAUCACCAACGCCAAUAACUUGCGAUACAUCAAGUCCAACUCAAUCACCAUCGCAAACUCCAUCGACUUCGGGACGAACGUCUACUCCAAACCCAUCACCGACCCCUGCUCAAACGAUAACACCAACACCAAUAGCUUGCGAUACAACAACUCCAACUCAAUCAUCAUCGCAAACUCCAUCGACUCUGGAACCAACGUCAAAUCCAAACCCAUCACCAACGCCAAUAACUUGCGAUACAUCAAGUCCAACUCAAUCACCAUCGACUCCGGAACCAACGUCUAAUCCAAACCCAUCACCGACCCCUGCUCAAACUAUAACACCAACUUCAAAAGCUUGCGAUACAACAAGUCCAACUCAAUCACCAUCGCAAACUUCAUCGACUUUGGAACCAACGUCAAAUUCUAAUUCAUCACCAUCUCCAACUGAAACGUUAACACCAACACCAAUAGCUUGGGAUACAACAAGUCCAACUCCAUCGAGUCCGGAACCAACUUCAAAUCCUAAUUCAUCACCAUCUCCAACCGAAACAUUAACACCAACACCAAUAGCUUGCGAUACAACAACUCCAACUCCAUCGACUCCGGAACCAACGUCAAAUUCUAAUUCAUCACCAUCUCCAACCGAAACGUUAACACCAACACCAAUAGCUUGGGAUACAACAAGUCCAACUCCAUCGACUCCGGAACCAACUUCAAAUCCUAAUUCAUCACCAUCUCCAACUGAAACGUUAACACCAACACCAAUAGCUUGGGAUACAACAAGUCCAACUAAAUCGACUCCGGAACCAACUUCAAAUCCUAAUUCAUCACCAUCUCCAACUGAAACGUUAACACCAACACCAAUAGCUUGGGAUACAACAAGUCCAACUAAAUCGACUUCGGAACCAACUUCAAAUCCUAAUUCAUCUCCAUCUCCAACUGAAAUGUUAACACCAACACCAAUAGAUUGGGAUACAACAAGUCCAACUCCAUCGACUCCGGAACCAACUUCAAAUCCUAAUUCAUCACCAUCUCCAACCGAAACGUUAACACCAACACCAAUAGCUUGGGAUACAACAAGUCCAACUCCAUCGACUCCGGAACCAACUUCAAAUCCUAAUUCAUCACCAUCUCCAACUGAAACGUUAACACCAACACCAAUAGCUUGGGAUACAACAAGUCCAACUCCAUCGACUCCGGAACCAACGUCAAAUUCUAAUUCAUCACCAUCUCCAACCGAAACGUUAACACCAACACCAAUAGCUUGGGAUACAACAAGUCCAACUCCAUCGACUCCGGAACCAACUUCAAAUCCUAAUUCAUCACCAUCUCCAACUGAAACGUUAACACCAACACCAAUAGCUUGGGAUACAACAAGUCCAACUAAAUCGACUUCGGAACCAACUUCAAAUCCUAAUUCAUCUCCAUCUCCAACUGAAACGUUAACACCAACACCAAUAGAUUGGGAUACAACAAGUCCAACUCCAUCGACUCCGGAACCAACUUCAAAUCCUAAUUCAUCACCAUCUCCAACUGAAACGUUAACACCUACACCAAUAGAUUGGGAUACAACAACACAAACUCAGACAACGAUAGCCACAACUGACGGUACCUUCACAAUACCUGGACCCACACAAGACACUCCUGAUUGUGAUCCAUUGUGUUGUAAUGUAAAAGAUGGUUCCACUAGUAUUUUGGAGGGAAAUUGUCAAAAAUUCGUGGUUUGUGUUGGUGGCAAGGAAAAUAUUUUUACUUGCUCCAAUAAUUUGCUGUUUAAUUCCGUAACUGGCGAAUGCGAUUAUCCAGGAAAUGUAAAUUGUCCCUGGCCUCAAAAUCCACCAAGUGGUCCGUCGGCGGGACCAUCUGGAACUCAUUGUGCAACUGGUGGUCGGUGCGUUGGCCAGCAGGACGGCACCUCUUUUGCUAUCGAAACUGAUGCUUGCAGCAGUGACUAUAUUGUAUGCCAGUGUGAGUGUGAAGUGCAGCGUAGUUGCCCAUCACUAUUAAUGUUCAACUAUAAUUUGGGGGUCUGUGAUUGGCCAACGAGUUUUGGAUUUACUCUUACCGCUGUGGUUUUAUUGACCACAGCUGCACUUUGUUAUGCAGCUGAUGCAGAGUGUAAGUACCGUAAGACUCGUAAGUUGGUACUUCACUGGCCGGAUCCUACUGAUUGCACUCGCUACUAUCGUUGUACGAAUAGGAGUGUAAAGAGAGAAGUGGUUUGCGCCGAAGGCAAGGUAUAUAAUUCGAAGACAGGAAAAUGCUCAAAUUACAUCGAGGGUCUUUGCAAAUUGACACUAGCCAUGCCUUUAGAUGCGAUUAUCAACGUAUGUGCUAAUGAAACCUCUGGUGUUUAUCUUGAUCAACCUGGAUACUGUCGUAAUUUCUAUAUUUGCAAUCAAAAUCAAGCUUAUCCUCAAGUUUGCGAUGCUGGAAGUCGCUUCAAUUCUACGACUAGAACAUGCAUACCAGACACUGACUCUGAAUGUUGGCAAAAUAAGUGUAUUGGUGAAAAUAAUGGCACCUAUUUGCCCAAUGAAUCUUCUUGUUCUUCAUUUUAUGUAUGUGCUGCUGGCGAAACAAUCGAACAAGAAUGCGGUAGUGGCAGCUAUUUUAAUAGUUCCAAAAGGAUUUGUUUGCCUGAUCCAGAUGGACAGUUUUGUUGGGAGAACUUAUGUGUAGGCAAAAAAGAUGGAGAGUUUGUGCAAGAUGUAAAAGAUUGCUACAGUUAUUACAUCUGUGUUUCCGCAAAACCAAUCCAGCAAUAUUGUCCAGAUGGCAGCUAUUUCAAUUCGACUGAAAACAGUUGCUUACCAGGCGAGUGUUCACCAGUUACAACCGAGUGUCCCACUACUGAGACAACAGAAUCAACGACUGAAUGCAUUAGCGAAAGCACUGAAUCCACGCCAUCAACAGAAUGUACUGAAGUUACAACAUCUGCUACUGAGACAACAGAAUCAACGACGGAAUGCCUUAGUGAAAGUACUGAAUCCGCGCCAUCAACAGAAUGUACUGAAGUUACGACACCUGCUACGGAAGCAACUUGCGAUUGUCCUGGUGGUUAUAAGGAAGGUGAAUUGAUACCGUUCCCAAACUACCCCGAGAAUUGUGAUAAAUAUUAUGAAUGUUCGAAUGGUAAACUUGAGGAGAAGGAAUGCGGUGAAGGAAAUAGCUUCAAUAGUACCUUAGGUGUUUGUGAACCCGAUGUUGACCAUAUCUGUUGGCCAGUCGUCACUACUGAAUGUUCCGAAGUUACCACAUCUGCUACGGAAGCAACUUGCGAUUGUCCUGGUGAUUAUAAGGAAGGUGAAUUGAUACCGUUCCCAAACUACCCCGAGAAUUGUGAUAAAUAUUAUGAAUGUUCGAAUGGUAAACUUGAGGAGAAGGAAUGCGGUGAAGGAAAUAGCUUCAAUAGUACCUUAGGUGUUUGUGAACCCGAUGUUGACCAUAUCUGUUGGCCAGUCGUGACUACUGAAUGUUCCGAAGUUACCACAUCUGCUACGGAAGCAACUUGCGAUUGUCCUGGUGGUUAUAAGGAAGGUGAAUUGAUACCGUUCCCAAACUACCCCGAAAAUUGUGAUAAAUAUUAUGAAUGCUCAAACGGAAAACUGGUGGAGAAGGAAUGCGGUGAAGGAAAUGGCUUCAAUAGCACCUUAGGUGUUUGUGAACCCGAUGUUGACCAUAUCUGUUGGCCAGUCGUCACUACUGAAUGUUCCGAAGUUACGACACCUGCUACGGUAGCAACUUGCGAUUGUCCUGGUGGUUAUAAGGAAGGUGAAUUGAUACCGUUCCCAAACUACCCCGAGAAUUGUGAUAAAUAUUAUGAAUGUUCGAAUGGUAAACUUGAGAAGAAGGAAUGCGGUGAAGGAAAUAGCUUCAAUAGUACCUUAGGUGUUUGUGAACCCGAUGUUGACCAUAUCUGUUGGCCAGUCGUGACUACCGAAUGUUCCGAAGUUAGCACAUCUGCUACGGAAGCAACUUGCGAUUGUCCUGGUGGUUAUAAGGAAGGUGAAUUGAUACCGUUCCCAAACUACCCCGAGAAUUGUGAUAAAUAUUAUGAAUGUUCGAAUGGUAAACUUGAGAAGAAGGAAUGCGGUGAAGGAAAUAGCUUCAAUAGUACCUUAGGUGUUUGUGAACCCGAUGUUGACCAUAUCUGUUGGCCAGUCGUGACUACUGAAUGUUCCGAAGUUACCACAUCUGCUACGGAAGCAACUUGCGAUUGUCCUGGUGGUUAUAAGGAAGGUGAAUUGAUACCGUUCCCAAACUACCCCGAAAAUUGUGAUAAAUAUUAUGAAUGCUCAAACGGAAAACUGGUGGAGAAGGAAUGCGGUGAAGGAAAUCGCUUCAAUAGUACCUUUGGUGUUUGUCAACCUGAUAUCGAAAAUGUUUGUUCACGGAUAAAUUGUGAUGCUCGAAACUAUAACGUAGUUGGACGAAGAAAUAGGCGAAGUGUGGACAGAUCUUCGAUUGACACAUUCGAUGCUCCAUUGUGUUUGGGUUUAUACACCGAGGGUGUGAUAAUAGGAGAUUCUUCAAACUGUCGGAAGUAUCAAAUUUGUGUUGAUGGUGAAAUGAUAUCCGAAGAUUGCGGCUUUGGAAAUUAUUUUAACUCAAAUACUUUAACAUGUAACAUUGAUACUCAGCAAGUUUGUAUUGGCAAUAACGAGAAUGCCAAUGAAUACCUUAGUACCAAAAAGAGUGAACAAAUAACUGAUAUCGUUUCCAGUAUUGGGGUAGAAGAUUGCAGCUGCCCGGGUGGUUACAAGGAGGGUGAAUUGUUACCAUUCCCCAACUAUCCGGAAAAUUGCGAUAAAUAUUACAUCUGUACCGACGGUAGGCUUCAAGAACGAGAGUGCGGAAAGGGAAAUUAUUUUGACAGUCGACUCGGAGUAUGUGUACCUGAUGUCGAUAAUAAAUGUUGGCCGGCAGAAACGAAUUGCACUUGUCCCGGUGGAUAUAAAGAGGGUGAAUUGUUACCAUUCCCCAACUAUCCGGAAAAUUGCGAUAAAUAUUACAUCUGUACCGACGGUACGCUUCAAGAACGGGAGUGCGGAGAGGGAAAUUAUUUUGACAGUCAACUCGGAGUAUGUGUACCUGAUGUCGAUAAUAAAUGUUGGCCGGCAGAAACGAAUUGCACUUGUCCCGGUGGAUAUAAAGAGGGUGAAUUGUUACCAUUCCCCAACUAUCCGGAAAAUUGCGAUAAAUAUUACAUCUGCACCGACGGUAGGCUUCAAGAACGGGAGUGCGGAGAGGGCAAUUAUUUUGACAGUCAUCUCGGAGUAUGUGUGCCUGAUGUCGAUAAUACUUGCUGGCCAAAUUUAUGCUAUGGUCAAAUUGACGGUACCUAUGUACCUGAUUCGACAAAUUGUACUUCAUUUUAUCUUUGCCAAGACGGUAAAGGAGAGAUAUAUAACUGUCCACCUGAGAAGUGGUUUAACCCAGUUGAUAAAAUUUGUAUGCCAGACUUUAACGCAACGUGCAUAAAUCCUUGUAAAGAUACAACAGGAAUUACAUUCUUACCCAAUCCCGAUUGUUCUAAGUAUUUUCUUUGUAAUGACUGCAAACCAUAUGUUGAGACAUGUCCCGAAGGUGGAUUUGAUAUAACCUUGAAUAAAUGUCAUGCAGAUGCUGUUUGUGAAGCUACUUUGUGUGUAGGUAAAAGUGAUGGAACAACAUACCCUUUUGUAGGCAACGACACCAAAUUCUAUUUAUGCAUGGGCGGCGUAGCUCAGAUAAGAGAAUGUAAAUCCGGACAAGUUUUCAAUAAAGAUGUGGGAGUUUGCUUGGAAGAGCCUAGCUCACAAUGUAAUCAAACCGAAUGCCAGUCCACCAACCCAGAAGAUAACGCAUUUGCACCCUUAACAAACACUGAUAACACCGCAUUCUGUUUAUGUCGAGGUGAUUCAGCGUUCCUACAUCACUGUGCAGAUAAUUACACUUUCCGAGCAGACCUCGGAAUAUGCUAUUCGAAUGCACCUUGUGAUCCGGAGUUAUGUGAUUCCUUCCCAGAAAAUACGCGCUCGCAAAAUCGUAACAAUUCACAUAGUUUCUGUUUAUGUGUCAGUAAGCAACAAGUUAUUGUUGAUUGCCCCAAUAAUCAAACAUACAAUGCAGUCACCCAAACUUGUCAAGUGCUUGAUGAAAGAUGUUCUUCUACAUUUUGCCUUACGGCUCCGGAGUAUAGUACUUUCCCAGCAUUGAAUAAUGAUACAGAUGGUUUCUGCGAAUGCGUUAGUUCUGGCACCACAUAUAAGUUGUGCGGAAACGAUAAGAAAUACAAUGCGGAAAAAGGAAUAUGUCUUCCAGAAAUUGGGGAUGAUUGCAGUAGUUCACUUUGUUCAGGGAAUGCUGGAUUGAUAUAUGGUGCUGCCAGUGAUCCUCACUCCUUCUGUUACUGUAUCAACGAUGGAUUAGCAAUUAAGCAGAAUUGCCCAAAUUCUGAGAUAUUCAAUGAGACUUUGUUUAUAUGUCAGGCGGUGGGCUGUGAUGGCGAAAUUUGUUCGACGAAUCCAUCGGGUCCGUUUCCAGCUUUAAAUGAACCAUAUGCUUUUUGUGUCUGUGGAAGUUCAGAUCCAAGCUCAGUAACUAAACACGAUUGUGCUAAUGGAACUCGUUUCGAUCCAUACUACUUAUUAUGUAAAGAGGAUCCUUGCGACAAGAACUUUUGUUCCAGUUCAUCCAAUAAUGGUAUCCCAUAUCCAGCAAAUCAUUACCAAUACGGAUAUUGCGUGUGUAAGAGUGGAAUACCCGAGUUGAUUUCUUGUUCUGACGGAAACCUGUUUAAUCCUGUUUCCAGACAGUGUGAAUCCUCAAGCACUGUGGAGUGCGAUGUAGCUCAAUGUGCUAAUACGACAUCAGAAUAUCCUUUUGCCAUUGCAGCUAAAAACGAUACACAUGGAUUUUGUUACUGCUUUUCUUCGACCGAAGUUGAAUUCUUCUUGUGUCCAGAUAAUGCUUUAUUUGACCCGAUUAGCGAGAUUUGUAAUAUAAGCUGUACAAAGAGUGCGAAAUUAUUAGAACUAAAUCAAGGAAUCUCCACCGUGAGCUGCCUGGGUACUUACGGCGAGGGGGAAUACGUCCCACAUCGUACUAACAAUCAACUGUUCUAUGUCUGCUAUAAUGCAAAGCUUCUGGAGGGUGAUUGUGGUGCAGGAAAUAUCUUCGACCAAGAUAGUCUAACUUGUCAGCCUUUGGACAAAAGGGUUAUGCACCAAAAUACAAAUAUAAUGCGCACGGGAGAGAUUCCGGAAAAUAAUAAAUGGUGUAUUGAAAACGAAAAAAGAUCCGUACUAUUCAACUGUUCGCAAUAUGAAGUAUGCUUAGAUGGUGAUUGGACUCGACUGAGCUGUCCUGAUAGAAACAUUUUCAGUCAAGAAGAGCGUGCGUGUAUUGAACUUCGCGAUGACAUGAUCUGCAUUCAUGGUCGUGUUACAAUUUUUCCAAAUUGUAGUACUUCAAUGGAGUUACAUACAGUUCCGGGAAAGGAUGCUAACUGCACUCAAUACUACCGCUGUAAUCAUGGUAAAUGGCGAUUGAAGAAUUGUCCGAAACAACAUUUUUACUCAAAGCGUUUAAACACUUGCAUACCAAGUACACACGACGAUGUUUGUACGGCUCAAAAUGAACUCAACAUUGACAAUAUGCCGGUACAGGAAUUCGAUUGUCGCCACAUGGAAGUGCGUUAUUAUGAGUCUAAUUGUGCAAUGUACCUUAUGUGUUUGGACGGUAAAUGGUGGCAUCAUUACUGCCCACUUGGUAUGUACUAUAACCGUAUAUAUAACUACUGCAUGCCCGACUUGGAUGGUCUUUGCUUAUUUACUGCUAGGCCAUCAAUUUCUGUAUAUUCAGAAGAGCAAUAUUCUAAACAACCAUGUACUUUACAAGGUGCCCUUAGACCAUCUGCUUUGGCUUGCGAUCGCUAUUAUGUAUGCCAAGGAAGUUUUUGGAAAUUGAAAAUUUGUCCGUCUCAGCAGUAUUUCAACCUUACCGAAAGUAUAUGUUUACCCGAUAUAGAAAAUGUUUGCUUGCAACUAUAUAAACCCACGUGCAGUGAGGGCGAGCGGCGCGAGUUUCCAUUUAAUUGUACGUCCUAUGAGAAAUGCAUACAUGGAGAAUGGCAAAAACAAAAUUGCAAAUUUUCUUUUAUGUUUGAUAAUAUUUUACAGCAGUGUGUGCCGAACAUAGGAGAGUGUGGUGAGAAUGGGUUGAGAAAAGUUUGCGGACCCGGAGUGGUUAAAGCUCACCCGCUGUCUGAUAAUUGUACACAAUUUUAUUAUUGUCUUGAUGGCAUUUGGAAAGAGGGUUUUUGCUUAAAAACUCAUACCUAUUCAAAGGACUUGGGCAAGUGUGUGCCACAUGCACCCCUUGAUAAAUGUCAACCCUUUAUUGUGGAACAAAAAUUAAUGACUGAUAUGAACUUAGAUUCAGGUCAACCAACAUUCGAAAAUGAUAUAAAUAGUAUCUGUCUUGGACGUGAAAAUGGCAGUGCUGUAGCACACCCAGAGAGCUGUUUACAUUUUUUCGUUUGUAUUGGAGAGGUGCCAGUCAAAGAGCAAAAAUGUAUUCCCGCAGCAUUUUUUGAUGCUACACUCGGUUAUUGUCGUCCUAAUAACGGUAGCUGUAUAAUUCCUCUUGCAGGUGUAUGUGCAAAUUCCACAGACGGCGGCAAUGUUGCACAUCCCUACGAUUGUCAGGCUUAUUAUGAAUGUUCUACUUUGAAUGGGACUGAACUACGCUAUUGCGCCGAAGGCGAGUAUUAUCACAAUACUACGGGUGAAUGUCAUAUUGAUCGAGGGGAGUGCCGUGCCAAAUUUAAAGAGCACAGCAAAUGUCAGCAUGGAAAAAGUUUAUCUCACGAACGUUAUUGUAACAUUUAUUUUGCUUGUGUACGUGGUUUGGCUAUACCUGCGGUGUGCCCAGCUGGUAAUCACUUUAACUCCACUGUUGGACAUUGUGUAUUUGAUCCUGUAAAUAACUGUGAGAAUGGUAGCUUAUCAGAAAUAACAUAUAACAUCAAAUCGGAAGACAUAUGUAAAAAUUUAAGUGAUGGCAAUCACUUGCCUGACAUGAUAGAUUGCACGAAAUAUUACGUGUGUUUAGCUGGAAUGGAAUUAAGGAAACAAUGUCCGUCGGGUGCAUACUUUGAUACUGAUCAACAGCUUUGUGUACCUGAUGAUGGUUCCUGCCCAUAUGUCGUCAAAACAGAAUCAAACUUAUUGAUUGCUCCACCAGAGCCUUCCGUAUGUGAAGGAAAGCAUGGAGAUAUGAUGCCUGAUCUUCUCAACUGUAAUGAGUUUUAUGUUUGCAUUAAUGGAAAGUUACGACACGAAAGAUGUUAUACGAACUAUUACUUUAACUCAUCGCUACUGCAAUGUCAAUCGUACACGCAAGCUAUUGGCAAUACAACAGAAGCUAAUGCUGUCAGUGUAGAUGCACAUCAAUUAAAAUUAACACAGACACAAUGUAAACACAAGCCCUCAAAUUAUACUGAACUCUGCUUACAAAUGCCAAAGGGAUCUUCCAUUGCAGAACCAGGUGAUUGUCGACGGUACGUAAGUUGUAACGACGUCGACGGUCCUGUCUCUCAACGUUGUCGCAAUGGUGAGAGCUAUGAUAGCUUGCUCGGUUUUUGUCGACAGAACGAUGGCACAUGUUUGCUGGAAAAUGGACAACGAGUUGGUGAAUGUAAUGCUCGACACGGAGUGUUGGUAAGAGACGAAGACAACUGUCAAGCAUAUUUUGUGUGCAUAAAUGGCCAGAAAAUCCCUGGCAGUUGCAAUAAAAACGAAUAUUUCGAUAAAAUUCAGACGUCUUGUCUUCCCAAUGAGAAUAAUCAGUGUGACAAAGCUUUAAACCAAGCUUACGCGAUGAAAACAGCGGUGUCAUGCCUUGGUCUCGGCGAUUCCAUACUUUAUCCAUAUACGCUGGACAACUGCCGUUCGUACUUUCAAUGUGUGCAAGGAAAACCAGUUGUACAUAAAUGUGCCGACGGACUAUAUUUCAACGCGUCAAUAACACGCUGCGUGAAGGAUGUGGUAAAUUGUACUAUGCCAGCAGUGGUAGCAAAGCGAGCGCUUGAAGAAAUCCAGCAUAAGGAACAUGGGAGCUCUACAUAGAUACUAUACAUUUAUACGAUAGCAAGUCAACGUCAUGGCAAUACUGACGAACAUACAUAUAAUAGCGAAAGUUGCUUGUGAUACUAGAGGUCAUAUUAUUUGCAAACUUUCAUAAACGAAAUUGCGUAUGUAACUAUAUAUGUAUGUAAAACCUUCAUUUUUAGGCAUUUUUCAAGCUAAGAUAAAAAAUUUAAAAACAUUUUUACUGACAUAAUAAUAAUUACAAGAAUACAAAAAUUAAAUUGUAACAGCUUUCCUUCAGGCCACGCAUGUGUCUCAUUUAAAACAAAACACGACGCCAUUAACAAUGACAAAUUUUAACGCAAUUACAUAUGUACACAUCCUUGUAUCUAUCAUUUUUAGCAAAUAAAUAUAGGUAAAAGUAA